CAUAACUCCUUCCCGCGUAAACAAAUCUGUGUUAUAAACCCCCCAAAACCCUAACUCACACUCCCCACUCCCACUCCACAAAAAUGUCCCCUAACACCGUCGACAACGGAACCCUAAUCCCAUUCUCCGGCGAAACCAACAACGAUUCUCUCGCAAUCUACCCUCUCCACCACACUCUCACCCGUCCAGUUUCUCGCCUUGCCAUCUCCUGGUCCCGCGGCAACUCCCUCCGUGUCUCCCUCUUCGCCGAACCUUCUCAAACCUCCGAUGCCGGAGACGGUGCCAAAGUCAUUGAAGUUAAGCUCGGUGGUGGAGAUCCGGAGAUUGAUGAUGCUGAUUGGCGAAGAAUUGCGUAUGGAUCUGUUGCUCCGUUUGCGUUGCUUCAAAGUCGCCGCAGCGCGAUUUCAAAUAUGUCGAAGUCUCCUUCCACGUAUCAGUUAGAUUGGUGGGAGCAUGUCCUUCAAUAUAGCAAGGAGAUAACAUCGCUUCUUGCAGGGCCAAAGUUGGGCCCUAGUCCGAUAAUUGAUGACCCAAAUGAAAUUGUUAAGAAAAAUGAGGAGCCAACAUGUUUGAAAGCUGCAUGGGAGUUGAUGGAAAUAUUUUAUGUGGACAAACAAUCUCAAGCAUGGCUACCUGAAAGGCUUGUUGAUUGGUUAGCUGAUUAUGAUAGCCUCUUUACCAGUACACAAGAAACAAUUCAUGGCAAGCUAGUGGAUUUUCAGAAUGAUCUUGUCAACAUACAGGUUAUUGAGGAUGAUCCCAGAUAUUGGGAAGUGAUGUCAUCUGCGUUGUCAGUUGGUUGGCUAGAUAUAGUGGUGAAAAUGUUGCGGUUGCAUGGAUCUUACCAAUUAGAUCAGCUCAGCAACCGUGAGUUAGAAAAUGGAUUAGUGGAGGCAGUUGCUGUUCUUAUUUCCAAAAUGCCUCGAUUACGUCCUGAAUCUGCUGCUGGAAAUUUGGGAGAAUGCUUUAAAUCCAAGCCUGACUUUAUCAAAGCCUGGGAAAAAUGGAGGUCACAAAUUACUAAACUGGACUGCAGUCCAUUUUGGAUUCAGUGUGAUAAUCAACAAACUCGUGUGGGCUUAAGAAACUUGCUACAAGUUAUGCUGGGUAACACUGAGAGCCUCUGUACAGCUUCAUGUUACUGGGUUGAGUUGUAUAUUUCUCAUUUUCUAUACAUCAGGCCAUUUAUGAUCGGAGUAGAAAGCAUGUAUAAUUUGGCCCAGAAGUGCAUCCAAUUGAAACCACCUACUGGUACCCAUAGGUUGACUGGACUUUUAAUUGGAAUUCUUGGAGAAAAUACGGAGGUUGUUUUAGCGGAAAUUUCCAGAGAAUUCGGUCCUUGGAUGGUUGCACACGCCGUGGAAUUGUUAACUGCAGGGAGUGAGCAAGCAGAGAUUCUUCUAUAUGAUGAGCGUUAUAACUUGGGGGGAAUCAGUAUGGUGGAACUUCAUCGCCUUGCAUAUGCUCAAGUUCUAUCAUCACAUGCAUUGACCUGGCAAAUAGCUCCAAUAUAUUUAACAUCGUGCAUGAAGCAAGGAAUGGGCUUGCUAGAGAAUUUAUUGUACCGACAAUCUGUUCAACACAACAACAUGUUGCUUAAGAACAUCGAGAUAUGCCGCUUAUAUGAGCUUGAUCAUAUCAGUUCAAAUAUCAUGAAGGUUGCUGGAGUCUAUCACUGGAAGCAUGGUCGUAAAGGUGCUGGAGUAUUUUGGCUUCAACAAUCCCAAGAUACAAACUGUCUUGAUAGGAUUGCACAACAGUUAUUUGAUUCAGUUGGAAAGUCAAUCUCCGACGAAAGCUUCAAACAAUGGGAAGGCUUAAUUGAGUUAUUGGGAUCUGAAUCUAAGCCUGCUGGAGGUCUUGAGUUUUUACACAAGUAUAGAGAUUUCAAAAAAUCCCUUCAGAUGGUAUAUAGUGGAAAAUCGACUGAUGCUGCUAGACAAGCUGUAGGCUCCCUCAUACUGCUUAUGAAAAAUCCAUCAACCCCUCAGCGCUUUUGGCUGCCCCUUCUGUUUGACUCGUUGAAGUUGCUAAAUUGGAAAGAUAGUCCUCUUCUCAGUGUAUCUGAGACAAAUCUUCUAUUAAACAAACUUCAAGAGUUUUCUUUGGCGAGGCAGCGGCCGCACUUCACUGAGCCUAACUUACCUCCUCAAGCACUGAGUUCUAUUAGGCUGGCUCUAGCUACAAAUCUUGGCCGUGCUAUACUUGAUGAAUAGGCUCACCAAAUAUAUAUCUUAUAAGAGAUGGAUGAAUAUCAAUGUCAUUCAACAGCCUGUGUUGGUUUUCAGAAGGCAGGUGGAAGAGACUGGUCGUAAAUUGCUAUGCCCUAAUGGUUAUCAUCUGUUGUAAAUUGUUUGUGACAUUGGACAGUUUUCUCGGUUUGCUGAGGUUGGGCUUACUUGUAUUUUUAUUUAUCUUCCGAGGAAUGGCAAUCAUGUAUCUGUUAGGUUUAAACCGACACCAACGUUGUAUCUUCAUUUUAAGAGUUAAAACCUUAGUAUAGCAGAGUUCAAAUCAUUUUUACCAUAUUCCUUAA